AUGAUUAUUGGCGUAGAAUGUUUGGAGCUAGCAUGUUCUGAGGUUGACAAGAUUCCUGAAUCAUUUGUCUCGGUAGAGCAUUAUCUUGGAUCAUAUGUUCUUCCUUUGUUGGAAGAAACCCGAGCACAAUUGCAUUCAAGCAUGGAUAUCAUUUCCAGAGCACCAUUUGCUGAAGUGGUUGCUUUCUACGAGUCCAAGCCCCAUGGCACAUUAUUGUAUGAUGUUAAAGUUGAUUAUUGGAGAAACAGAUCCAGUGGCCGUGGCAAGGAGCCUUACAAAACCUUGCCCGGUGAUAUUGUUGUUUUAACAGAUGCUAAACCUGAACAUGUCUCUGAUUUGCAAAGGGCUGGAAGGACAUGGAUGUUUGCAGCGGUCACCAAUAUAACAGAGGAUGAGAUUGGGGAUGCUGCUACGUCUACUACUUUUUUUAAAGUCAAGGUGCCACGAGACAUUGAAAUUAGCGAUGGACUGCAGAAAUCAUUUACUGUGAUUUCAUUGACUAAUAUAACAACUAGCAAAAGAAUAUGGAGUGCACUCCACAUGUUCGGAAACCUGAGUAUCAUCAAGGAAAUUCUGUGCACUGAUUCUGUGGUUGAGGAAAAUUGCAGCUAUUGUUCUAUUUGGGGAGAUGGAAUCUGGGAUGAGAAUGUUCUGAAUUCGUCAUCUAAAUUGAAUGAGUCCCAAACCGAGGCAAUUUUGGCUUGUCUGCAUAAACAGCAUUGUAACCAUAAGUCUGCAGUUGAACUUAUUUGGGGCCCUCCAGGGACAGGGAAAACCAAAACCGUCAGUAUGUUGCUCUUUAGCCUCCUAAAAAUGAAAUGCAGAACCCUAACGUGUGCCCCGACCAAUGUUGCAAUCACAGAAGUGACCUCUAGGGUGCUAAAGCUGGUCAAAGAAUCUUAUGAAAGAGGUUCGGGAAGUAAUUCUUUGUUUUAUUCUGUGGGAGAUAUUCUUUUGUUUGGGAAUAACGACAGACUCAAAGUUGAUUCAGAAAUUGAGGAAAUAUAUUUAGAUUAUCGUGUCCGAAGGCUUCUAGAGUGCUUUGCACCUCGGACUGGUUGGUGGCAAUGUUUCACUUCGACAAUUGAUUUUUUUGAAGAUUGUGUUUCUCAGUAUACUGUUUUCAUGGAGAAUGAAUCGAUCAAAAUGCUGGAGCAUGAUAAUGAAAGUAAAGAGAAAAAGGAAAUCUGCAGCCAUGAAACUGAGGCUUGCAAAGGAGAGCGUAAAUCAUUUCUUGAAUUUAUGAGAGAGAGAUUCUGCUCUACUGCAUCACUACUGAAAAGAUGUGUCACUUUAUUAUGCACUCACAUACCUGAAACUUACAUUCUGAAACAUAACAUUCAGAACAUUGUAACCUUGGUUUGGUUACUUAACUCUUUUGAAACUUUGCUAUUCCAUGCGGAUGUGAUUUCUGAACAAUUGUUGGAACUUUUUUCACACCCAGAGAUGGUUGAGCAUCCUCCCCAAGGUUCUGCUGAUAAAUUAUUGUGGUUGCAAUUUAGGAGAAAUGAAUGCCUUUGUAUUUUGAAAACGCUCCGGGAGUCUCUCCGCAAUCUGAAUCUUCCAAGUGCUAUGAGUAAGCAGUCAAUAGAGGAACUCUGUUUCCAAACAGCAUCCUUAAUUUUCUGCACGACGUCUAGUUCGUAUAAGCUGCAUUUGAUGCCGAUUGAACCGCUGAACUUUUUGGUUGUUGAUGAAGCAGCACAGUUAAAAGAGUGUGAAACAUCAAUACCUCUACAGCUUCCUGGUAUUAGGCAUGCUGUUCUAAUUGGUGAUGAGUGCCAAUUACCAGCUAUGGUUGAAAGCAAUGCUUGUAAUGAAGCUGGCUUUGGAAGGAGUUUAUUUGAAAGGAUCUUAGAUGCGCCAAAUGUUAAGAGUAGAAGUUAUGAGAAGCGUUAUCUUCCAGGGCCAAUGUUUGGUCCCUAUUCAUUCAUAAAUGUAAUUGGUGGAAGGGAAGAGCUUGAUGAUGUUGGCCAAAGCAAGAAAAAUAUGGUUGAGGUAGCCAUUGUGCUGAAAUUACUGCAAAAUCUGUACAAAGCGUGCAAUGGCUCAAAACAAAAGGUUAGAAUUGGUGUAAUAUCUCCAUAUUCUGCUCAAGUUGUUGCGAUACAAGAGAAGCUUGGUCAGAAGUAUGAAAACAGUAAUGGUUUUUCAGUCAAGGUGAGGUCAAUAGAUGGAUUUCAAGGUAGUGAAGAGGACAUUGUAAUAAUAUCAACUGUGAGAUCCAAUAGAGGAGGAGAAAUUGGGUUCGUGUCCAAUCCUCGGAGAAUUAAUGUUGCUCUUACAAGGGCUAGGCAUUGUCUUUGGAUUUUGGGGAAUGAAAGAACCCUAUCAAAUAGUGAAUCUAUUUGGGAAGUGUUAGUCCGUGAUGCCAAGGAGCGCAAAUGUUUCUUUAAUGCCGAUGAAGAUAAGGAUUUGGCCAAAGCCAUUUUAGAAGUCAAAAAAGAGUUUGAUCAACUUGAUGAUUUGAUUAAUGGAGAUAGUGCACUAUUCAGAAGUGCUAGAUGGAAGGUUCUUUUCAGUGAAUACUUCAAAAAAUCAUUUGGGAAACUAGCAUCUGUCCGAACAAAGACAUCCGUUCUGAACCUUCUACUGAAACUUUCCAGUGGCUGGCGUCCCAAGAAGAGGAAUGUAGACUCAAUUUGCGGAAGCUCUUCUCAAAUCUUGAAACAAUUCAAGGUUGAAGGGCUUUAUAUAAUCUGUUCAAUUGACUUAGUGAAGGAAAUGAACUACACUCAAGUUUUGAAGGUUUGGGAUUUAUUGCCGUUGGAAGAUAUUCCUAAAUUGGCUAAACGUCUUGAUGGCAUCUUUGAGAGAUACACUGACGAGUUUAUCAGCCAUUGCAAUGAGAAAUGCCUUGAGGGAGAUCUGGAAGUUCCAAAGAUUUGGACAACCUCUUUUGAUAUUGUCCGAUACAAGAGUCGUAGCGCCAAUGAAAUAGAGAGCAAUUCAAAUUCCAGCGAUCCUGAUGGUAGCUAUUACGUAGAGAACUCAAAAGUGAGCGAUAGUUUGUUGCUGAUGAAGUUCUACUCCUUAUCAGCUGGAGUUGUGAGCCACUUGCUUUCUGACCGUGAUGGAAGAGAAUUAGAGCUCCCAUUUGAAGUGACUGAUGAAGAAUUGGAAAUAAUCAUAUUCCAAAGAAGUACAUUUAUUCUUGGACGAUCAGGGACUGGUAAAACUACUGUCUUAACCAUGAAGCUGUUUAAGAAAGAGCAACUGUAUCUUAUGGCAACUGAAGGAUUUGAUGAUGUCAUUGGCAAUACUUCAAAGGACAGCAGUUGGAGAAACAAUGUUGAUGGCAUAAAAUCUGUUGAUGAUGGUGUUGGAGAUGCUAAGAAAACUGUCUUGCGCCAGCUUUUUGUGACCGUCAGUCCAAAACUUUGUUAUGCUGUCAAGCAUCACGUUUCACAAUUGAAAAGCUUUGCCUCUGGUGGAAAAUAUUCAGCUGAAGGCAGUUCAGUUGAUAUGGUAGAUAUUGAUGAUGGCGCACAAUUCAAAGAUAUCCCAAAUUCCUUUUUUCAUAUUUCUCCCGAGUCAUACCCUCUUGUUAUCACUUUCUUUAAGUUUUUGAUGAUGCUUGAUGGAACAAUGGGUAAUUCAUAUUUUGAAAGAUUUUCUGAUAUGAAGCAGCUUUUGCAUGGAAAAGUGGGGAAUUCAGGAUCAAUUGCAAUACAAACUCUUAUAAGAACCAGGGAGGUCAACUUUGAGAAGUUUUGUGAAGUUUAUUGGCCACAUUUCAACAGCAAAUUCACAAAAAAACUUGAUUCAUCCAGAGUAUUUACUGAGAUAAUGUCUCAUAUAAAGGGUGGCCUGCAAGCUGGAGAGUCUUGUGAUGGCAGACUGAGCCGUGAAAAUUAUGUUAUACUUUCAGAAGGUCGUAUAUCCACUUUGAAUAAGCAGAAGAGAGAAAUGAUUUAUGAUAUUUUUGAAGACUAUGAAAAGAUGAAGGCAGCAAAUGGUGAUUUUGAUAUGGCUGAUUUUGUAAAUGAUCUUCAUCUUCGUCUUAAAACUUACAAUUAUGAGGGUGACAUGAUGGAAUUUGUCUAUAUUGAUGAAGUCCAAGAUCUUACAAUGAGGCAAAUUGCUCUUUUCAAACACACGUGUAGGAAUGUAAAUGAGGGAUUUGUUUUUUCUGGGGACACAGCUCAAACAAUUGCUAGGGGAAUUGAUUUUAGGUUUGAAGAUAUAAGAUCUUUGUUCUACAAUGAGUUUGUUUUAGGAUCAAGGAUUGAAGGAAAUGAGAGGAGAAGUGAGAAAGGUCAAAUAUCUAAAAUUUUUCAUUUGAGCCAAAACUUUCGAACCCAUGCUGGUGUGCUCAAGUUAGCUCAGAGUGUUAUCGACCUCCUUUACCGUUUUUUCCCUUCAUUUAUUGAUAUUUUAAGCCAUGAAACAAGUCUUAUAUUUGGUGAAGCCCCUAUUUUACUUGAAUCUGGAAAUGAUGAAAAUGCAAUUGUAACUAUAUUCGGGAAUAGUGGGAAUGAAGGAAGCAAUUUUGUUGGGUUUGGAGCAGAGCAGGUUAUAUUAGUACGGGAUGAUAUUGCUAGGAAAGAAAUUUAUAACUAUGUUGGGAAGCAAGCUCUUGAUGUACUCUUAUACAACUUUUUUGGCUCAUCACCUUUGCGAAAUAAAUGGAGAGUUGUCUAUGAGUUCAUGAAGGAACAAGAUUUACUUGAUUCCUAUUCUCCAUCCCUUCAAAGUUUCAACCCGGCAAAACAUAAUGUCUUGUGUUCUGAGUUGAAGCAAUUGUACGUUGCUAUCACUCGUACAAGGCAAAGGUUGUGGAUUUGUGAGAAUGUAGAGGAGUUCUCCAAACCAAUGUUUGAUUACUGGAUGAAGAAGAACCUUGUCCAAGUGAGGAAACUGGAUGAUUCACUUGCACAAGCAAUGCAAGUGGCUAGCAGUCCUGAAGAGUGGAAGUCUCGGGGUUACAAGCUUUUACGUGAGGGUAACUUUGAGAUGGCAACAAUGUGUUUUGAAAGAGCUGGGGAUGAAUAUGGGGAAAAAUUAUCUAAGGCUGCUGGGCUGAAAGCUUCUGCUGACAGAAUGCAUAGUUCAAAUCCUGAAAUGGCUUCUGUUGCUCGUAGGCAGGCUGCAGAAAUUUUUGAAUUGAUAGGCAAGGCUGAGUAUGCUGCAGAAUGUUUUUAUGUGUUGAAUGAUUAUGAUAGAGCAGGUAGGAUUUACUUGCAAUGUGGGGAAACUGCAGUGGAAAGAGCUGGAGAAUGUUUUUUUCUUGCUGGAAGUUAUAAUUUUGCAGCUGAAGUGUAUGCUAAAGGCAGCUAUUUCUCCAAGUGCUUGUCAGCAUGUACCGAAGGAAAACUCUUUGAGAUGGGCUUGGAUUAUAUUCAGUACUGGAAACAGCAUGUGACUGCAGAUAAAAGAAGCAGAGACAUGGACAAGAUUGAGCAAGAGUUUCUGGAGAGAGGUGCUCGUCAUUAUUAUGAGGUCAAUGACAAAGGAGCCAUGAUGAGAUAUGUUAGAGCUUUUGAUUCCAUGUCUUCUAUUCGAACUUUCUUGAUGAAUUUAGGGUGCCUUGAUGAGCUUCUGUCAUUGGAAGAAGAAUCAGGCAACUUCCUGGAGGCAGCAAACAUCGCGAAGCUGAAAGGGGAGCUUGUUCUUGAGGCAGAUCUGCUUGGUAAGGGUGGAAAGUUUAAGGAUGCUUCAUUGCUCAUUCUAUGGUUUGUGUUUGCAAACUCUCUGUGGUCAACUGGGAGCAAAGGCUGGCCUUUAAAGCAGUUUUUUCAGAAAGAGGAGCUUUUAACACAAGCAAAGUCCCUUGCAAAGAACAUGUCGGACCAGUUUUAUGAGUUCGUUCACUCAGAGGCUGAAAUUUUAUUGAAUAGUCAGCAAAACUUAUUCACGAUUCAGCAAAGUCUAUAUGCUUCUCAGAGACAUAAUAGCAUAAGAGGUGAAAUAUUAUCAGUUCGAAAGAUUCUGGAUGAGCAUUUUCAUGUAAAUGCCUUGAAGUAUGGAUGGGAAGAUGAGUUGGUUUCUGAUUUAGCAAGGUUGUCGGAAUAUUCAUGUUCAAACAAUCAGGUUUCUGCUGAGACACUUGUUUACUUUUGGAAUUUUUGGAAGGAUAAGAUUGUGAGCAUACUCAAGUAUCUUGGUCGCCUUGAAAUGCAAGAUGUAACCGAAUAUAGUGGUUACGGCGAAUUCUGCUUGAAUUACUUGGGCGUGCAGAGACAGCUUAAUAAUCGGAAUGCUAGCUAUUUUCUUAUGAACUCUGAUGCUCAGUGGGUGAGGGACGGGUGCAGCAAAUUUCUUAUAAGGAAAGGGAAUUUGGUUUCUGUAGAUGUUCAUCAUUUUGUCACUGCUGCUCAGAGUUAUUGGUGUUCAGAAUUACUUUCUGUCGGCAAGAAUGUGUUGACCAAUCUUGAAGCCCUUUACAACUUAUCUGUUGGGAAUUCCUUGUCCCUCUUCUGUCAAAGCAGGUCUCUUACUCAUAUCUAUGAGGUUGCAAGAUUUCUUUUGAAUUGCCAGCUUCUCAAUCAUCGAAACAGUGAUAUCAAGGCACUUCAGAAAUACACUGAGUUGGCAACUGAACGCAUCUAUGACUGCAUCUAUCCUCGGGACUGGAGAGAAUCGCUGAAAGAGAAUAUGAUUUCUUUGAGGGGAACUGAGAUAUGUAGGAAUUUACUCAAGGAAGUUGUUUUUUAUAAUGUGAGCUCAAAGAGCAAGCUGUCUUAUGCACAAGCUGGAAGGAUCUCAUCAAUGAUUCUUGGGUCUGGUAAAAUGUUCUGUGAACCAUAUGAGAAGAUUGCUGAUGGUUUAAAAUCGAAUUCGUCAUGGCAUGCUUUCAUUAAGGAUCUGUGUAGGAAUGUGAGUGAGAAGUCCUAUGUGUGGAAGUUGCAUGAAGCUCUAGAAGAGACUUACAAUGCCAACUGGAGGAAUGUAGAUUAUAUCUCACCUGGUUGUUUCUUAUACAUUCUCGAACGCCAACUGAUUUUGUUGUCCUAUUUCAAUGGGUGUUGUUUUACGGCAAAGUCUACUUUUGUGGAAUGGCUUAUCUAUCAAGAACGCAAUGGCAGCUCGACCUUUAGUGCAAUGGAAGAUGCACCACAAUCUACAGAAAACAUCCUGAAGUUUAUUGUAAACGCUGUUCAGGUGUUCCUUUAUAAUGACAAGGAUAUGGUGGAUUGGAUCAGAGUAUCUGAAAAGAACAUUAAAGUCGUGAAGGACUACCAUGCAUUAGUAGUGUUGAGAUUGGUUGUCAUAAUAUGUUUAAUUUAUUUGAACUUUGGGUGGUGUAAAGCCUUGCUUUCUGACUUGCUGGGUAAGAACAAUAUCACCAAACUACUGCCAAGGCAAUUUUAUGAUGCCAUCCGGAAAAGGCAGAGGCAUAAUUCUCUGAAUGUAAAUGUUAAUGUGGUAGCCGAAGCAUUUAGCAAGAUUGGCAAUCCUCUGGUAGUUGUGAGUUUUGGUAAAAAUUGUUCAGGAUAUUUUUGUCCAGAUGCUAUUUUUGUGGACAUGAGGGUCGAUGAAACCAAAAACAACAUAUUAAGAGUUUUGUUUCCGAAGACCAAUGCUACUGCUCAAGAUCACACAGAAUCUGUUAAAGCAGACACUAGUAGCUCAUGCAAAGUUAUAGUGUCUAAAGGCAUCGAAGAUCCAGGGAAGAUACCUGAGCUUCCAAUUAAUGUUGCUGCUGCGGAAAAUUGGAAAAAGGAUGAGGGCAACUUUCCAUUGCGCCAUGCCUGGAUUUGGGAGCUCUUUGAAGCACUAAAAUCUCAGAAUCAUGAUGGAGACGAAAGAAGCAAUAUUGCUUGGGAUCCAACAUUUAAGUUGGAUGUAGACAGAGUUAUUUACCUUUUACAUGAAGCAAUUGAUGGAAAUUUUCAGAGGAACCCUCCUAGUGCUGAAAAUAAAAACCUAUUUGAGGAAGCUGUCACCAUGUUCCACGAAAUGAAGCAACUUUCUGCUGCAUUAGAAGUGAGGGAUCCAGAGCUUGAGAACGGCAUUUCCACAAUUGGACAACUUCUCGAGAAGCUGCAGUCAAGAAGGCCGAGAAUGGAACCUUUCCUGAACCAAGUAUUCUUGCAACAAGAAGAAAAUCUUAAAAGAGAUAUGCCGGAUACAAGCAAUGCACCAGAUGGCCAACGUGAUGAGGAAUGCAGUAACAGCACGGCUGAGGGGAGUUGCAAUUCUGCUAAAGGUGAGAUAAACUUUUCACGGAGGGAUGCUGCUCUUGAAACCCAAGACAGCAAUCCUGAUAUGGAGAACAAAGGGAAGGGAAAUAGCAAGUCGAAGAAAAACAAGAAGAGAAAAGGAGGGCGGAAACGCAACUAG